AUUGUUGGCAUUCCUCAGUGUUCCCGCUCUACAUCUGGUAAUCAUUAGCCAUGUCAGUAUAAAGAGGAUUUUGUGCGUAGUCAGGAUCCAGUGCGUCAGUAUGGAGCAGGCUGUGUGGCUGUUGUGUGUCCUGUUUCUGCAGGUCUGUCUGCUCUCCACCACGGCCCUCCCUGGACAAGACAGACGGACAGCAGCCUUUCAGACCAACCAAGCCAUGGGAGGCUCUUCCCCAUUCCUCCCAGGACCUCCACCUCAGGUAGACAUGAAGCCACUGGUUGUGCAGCUCAGAGCAAAGAGACAUGAGGAGAGUGUCCCCGACGGAGACAGGGUAAAGGGAUGCAGCGGCCAUCGUCCAGGGGGUUGUUCAGUGAUGCAGAAUGCUAUUAGACCUCCACCGCCACCCGAGAGUUCCAGGACUAAGAGGCAUGAGGGAAAAAAGGGCAGACGCAAAAGACCCUAUCGUCCUGGAGCCUUGGCUGCAUUUUCCGAAGCAGCUGUUCCUCCUUACAGAUCCUCAGCAUAGAAGAAGACGGUACUGAGACAGAAGACAGGCCAUGGAGAGGAAACCCACCGCUGAAACUUGCUUUAUUUUGGGUCAUAAGUGAAAUAAGCAUGAAAAAAAAAGAUGUGGUAUCGACAGUAAAACACUCAGUCCUGCUUUAUUUGAAGUGCAUCUUGAGAAAGCUUUAAACAUUCAUAUAGGCUUCAUAAGCACUGCAUAAAUGGGACACAAAUAAUCUAUAACUGUAUUUCAUGCUCUAUAAAAUAUUUCUUAAUGUGAUUUAUAAAUGUGAACAAAUAAAUGUAUGGUUAUGUCAUACAGUUAUGCCAUAUUAUGAAUCUUUAUAGAGCAAGAUAUAAGGCUAUAGAUGAUAUGUGAAGCAUCUAUGUGGUGCUUUAUGAAGCCUUCAUAAGAUGCAUUUCAAAUAAAGCGGGACUGAACUUUCAUUGACUUUGCUUUCAGUUUUCCAGCAACGCAAUUAUAAAUAAAACUCUCCCGCGCUAUGGACUGGACUAGACUAUGAAAGCAAUUCACUCAUUUCUGAUUGUUCUGUAAGACAAAUCACAUUGGGGUCACCAAACUUGUAGGUUAUUUUCCUGGAAUCUAGUUAGUUCCUGGAAUCGACUCUGUAUUUUAAUGUUUUUCAAAGCGAGUUAAAACAUAGGAAACAAACAGUUCAAGACACGCGUUCAAUGUAUUUGCUUCAGUAGUCAAUCAUUUCACAAUGUCUCUUUAUUCUUUGUCAAAUGCUCAAUGUUACUGCAUAUUUUACCAUAGCAAACGUUUCAACAGUUGUAUAUGUCUGUUCUACUAAAUAGAAAUGUAUAUUACAGGACAGGAACACAAUCCAAUGUAUUCCUACUGUGGUUAUUAUGAGAGAUUUGACUAAAUCCAGUAAACAUUAAAACCCCA